AUGGGUUUCGGUGUGGUGGAGGGUUUGGUAGGGUUUUUCACACCAAUUUGGACCUCUGUCGACCCUCACUACCGUGUAAAUACCUACGCUCAAGCUUGGCGUCAUGGAGAUAUUGAAGAUACCCUUCUUUCACUUGUCAUGUCGAGAGCUUGUGGUGGAAAGAAGUUUGAUAAGAUGAUGGUAGCAAGAGUAUACUUUGGUAACUGGCUUAGAGAUUAUUCUCAAGCAAUUGAUGUCGGUACCGUCAAAUACGUUUCCGCCGAAGCUAUUCGCAUUUUACUCUGGGUUCUUGGAUUCAUGACAUUUGGAUAUGGCACAAAAGAAUUCGAAGUCACUGCUCAAAGAUUGGGUUGCUAUCGACCAGAAGAUCACAUUGAUAACCCAAAGGAUUAUGCCGAUAAUCUUGAUGCUUCACAAUAUGAUCAUAGACUUCGAGGUCCAGUCGAUGAAGAGGUUGAGCUUGCUAUUGAUCCCGAGACUGGCAUGAAAAACUACAUUGCGAACGAACACGCUGGAAUCAUGACAUCCGCUUUUCAUGUCAGAAAGCUUUUCCAUGAAUCCAUUCGACUUGGUAGAUCUUAUGGACGAAGCAAGAACAAGGACGAAUUAUACGAGGCACUCCGCUUGUUGGGUACUGGACUUCACUGUUUGGAGGAUUAUUCCGCUCACAGCAAUUAUACCGAGUUGGCACUUAUUGAGAUGGGUGAACAUGAUGUUUUUCCACACGUUGGAAGACGAACUCAGAUCGAACUUCCAGGUGUUCAGCACCCAGUUUACCCAAUCAUCACCGGUACUUUUGGUGGUGUCGACUUCCUUCACUCGGUAAUGGGUGAGUUUGACGACAAAGCAACUCAAAGCGAAAUUCAGACCCUUGAAGGAACCAUGGAAGAAGGUAGUCAGGGUAACAGUAGUCUUCUUAAAGACCUUUUAAGUUCAGUUCCUUCUGGGCUCUUUGGUGGUAAGGAUCAAGCUGGUAAAGCAGAUGAGCUUCAAGCCAAUGCUUCUGCUGCUCAACAGUCUCAAGAGCACGUCUCGCCAAAGGACCCGGAAGCUUUUACACUUCAAAUGCAACAAGUCGCCAAGGAGAUUUAUCCAAUUAUUCAGUGGCAUGACGAGAUUAUGCAACAGAUUCGAGAAGCUAUUGAAAAGAUCCCUAUCCUUCCGGCUCUCAUUGAGAAUAUCGAGGACCAAAUCAACAUCUUUGUUUUCUCGCUUCUUGCUCCAUUCGUUCUUCCAAUCAUCAAUCAGAUCAAGACUGAAUUGAAUACCGGUUCUUCAGAAGUCAUUCAAAGCAGUAAGGAUAAGCAGCUGAUCGUUUUUCACGAUGACUACUCUUCUGAUCCUACCCAUUCUAUGUUGUCCAAGGAUCAUUUCUCCAAUAUCCUCAAUGAAUGUGCUGGCAAGAUCGCUUCCCAAGUUCUUAAAUGGGUUGUCCCUCAACUCAUUUCUUGUUGGGAUGAUGAACGUAUUGACCCUGAACGUACAAUCAAUCGUAUCAUCCAUGGUGUUUUCCAUCAUCCCGCUCUUCGCUACUACGGUGAAGAUGGAGCUUCCGAUGGCCGUCAACUGAUGUUCAGAGUCGUAGAAGAAUGGUGGCACAACAAAGAUGGUGAUGAGCAAGAAGAAUUCCGAAGAAAGCUGAGCAGAGAAGGAGUUGAGGAUGGAGAAAAUCAUCUUGAAGGUGUUCAUGAUACUGGCCAUGGGUGUGGUGCACCACUUAAAAUGUCCAAGCAGGGCCCUAUGAUGUCUUCAUCAAAUCCUUUGGCAAAUGAAAUGAUGGGUGGUUUAACUUCUGCAAUGGGUGGUGGUCAUGGUGGAUCAUCAGGAUUUAGUGAACACGCAUCUUCAGGAAUUGGUAAAUUUGCUGGAGAAGCAGUUGGCGGUGGUGCUCUGGGAGGCAUUGUUGGUGCUCUUGCUGGUGGUCUUGGUGGAAGUCUUUUGGCAGGAGUCUUGGGUGGAGGAGCUAAAGAAGAAGCAUUUUCAUCCCAAGGGUACAACUCCCAGGGUAAUUACCAGCAAAGUUACACUGAAGUCGGUCACUCGGGUGAUCACUAUGCUCAAGCAGAGUACACGCAAGAACAACUUCCUGGUGGAGGGAGACGAACAGAUUAUCAACAAUAUGGUCAGCAAGGGGGGCAUGGCACGGGUUACGAAGAAAUUUCCGAGCAGAGACCUAUGUAUGGUGGAGGUUAUGAACAGACCAAUGAACGCAUCUACGAACGUCCUGAUGGAAGGAUCGAGACGGAAACAUGGCGCGAGGGAGAAACUGCCGAUGGACGUCAUUAUCAUGAAGCACGACAUCAUAGAGAAGAGGUGUCGGGUAGUGAGAGCGAUGAUAGUGAACGCAGAAGACGUAGGAGGCAUCAUAGAAGACAUCACAGUCGUCGUAGAAGUUGCAGUAGUAAUGGGGAUAGUGAUGUACCGCAAGAGUAUAUUCCGGAGAGAGAAGAGAGAAGAGAGAGAUCUGAGGAGCCUCCUCAUCACGAAUAUGGUGGUUAUGGUCAACAGAGACAAGAACACGGCGGUUAUGGUCAACAAAGAGAAGAAUACGGAGGUUAUGGUCAACAGAGAGAAGAACAUGGUGGUUAUGGUCAACAGAGAGAAGAACAUGGUGGUUGGGGUGAGCGUGAGAGAUACCAGGAACCUCCUAGACAGGAAUACGGUGGAGGAUAUGGCGAGAGAGGUAGUUAUGGUGGCGAGAGAGGAUACGAAGAGCCACAAAGAGAACAAGGUGGUUUUGGUGGCGGCCCUGGUGGCGGCCCAUUUGGUGGAGGGGAAUUUGGUGAUUUUGUUGGUGGAUUAGCGCAGAGAUUUGGAGGUAUGAGAUUUGGUGAAAGGCAUGGUGAAAGGGAGGAGGAAGAUCAUGACGACAUUCGAGAGGAACGUGGAUGGGGUUUCUAG